GACUUCCUUUUUCUCCCCAAUAUUUAUUAUAUUAAUCCCCAUGGUGCCCCAGCCUCAAACUCACUGUUAACUGAGAAUAGAAAACUCAACAAUGGAUCCAUGGAGUUGUAAUCAAGGUGGAGGUGGUGAAGACGAGGAGAACAGGCAAUCCAUCAAUGGAAGUUUAUAUAGCUCCAUAGAUCAAAGCAGAGAGCGAAAUCUCAGUGAGCCAGCAGCCGAAACAGAGCCUGUGGGGCAACAAAAAUCAGGUGAACGUCAACCCACAGAUCUAUCCUCUGCAGAUUCUCAUCAUUCGAAAAGAAAUAUUCCGGAUGAUACUGCUGCAGCUGACCCGCGUGCCAAAAAAAGAGCAUACGAUAGAGCUUAUAGGGAGAGACUUAAGAAAAACCAAGAGCUAACGAAGUCCAAAGUGGAGACACUUGAGGGAGAAAAUGAAUUCCUGAAAGAGGAAAAUGAAUCCCUAAGAAGGGAAAAUGAAAUGCUAUCAAAGGAACUUGAUGAAUUGAAAAAGAAGCAUGAUAAGCACCAUGAAAAUGAAGAGGAAUUGAAGUCCAACCUCAAAACAAUUGAGGUUGAAAAUGAAUCUCUAAAAACUGAAAAUGAAACUCCGUUCAAGGAACGUGACGAAUUGAAGAAGAAGUACCAGAAGCAAUUGGAAAAUGAACAGGAAAUGAAGUCCAAUUUGGAGACACUUGAGACUAAAAAUGGCAAAUUGAAGCAACGUGAAAGUAAACAACAAUUAAGGUCAAAUCUAAAGAUCGCGAACGCUGAAAAAAGGGGACUAAUGGAUCGGAUUUUUGAAUACAUGUUGGAGAAUCGAAGUUCUGAAACUCAGUCAAACGAACUUGGCCAACUAAGAAGCAAAGUGGAAAAUUUAGAAAACGAACUUGUUUUGGGCAAGAUUUGCAGCAUGUGGAAACAGAAGGUUCUAUGCCCUGCAGUCCAACAGAAACGAUGCUUCCCUCAUCACCGGCCUUCCCCUGUGGUGCAACCAGUCCAACAAUUGGGUCGCACUCACCUCCAUCAUUGGGCAGUUUUGAAGGCUCCCAAUGUGGUGUACAGAGGGAAGCUGAAGAACAACCGUCUUGUCGCCAUCAAGCGGUUCUCCAGACAGUCCUGGCCCGACCGCAAACCGUUUCUGAAGGGGGCCGCCGGAGUUGGGAAACUCCGGCACGAGAGAUUGGUCAAUUUGAUCGGUUGUUGCGCCGUGGGAGACGAGCGAUUGUUGGUCGCUGAGUAUAUGCCUAACGAUACCCUCUCCAAGCAUCUGUUUCACCCAGGGAAAGAAAAACCAUUGCCAUGGGAAAUGCGCGUCAGAGUUGCAUACUAUAUUGCACAAGUACUUGAUCAUUGCAAUGCUGAGAACUGCAAAAUUUAUCAUGAUUUGAAUGCGUGCAGAGUUCUCUUCGAUGAGGAUGCAGACCCUGGGUUGUCUAGUUUUGGAUUAAUGAAGCAUAGCAGAGACGGAAACAGCUAUGGCACUAAUUUGGCUUAUGCUCCACCAGAGUUUUUGCUGACAGGUCGGGUCAUCCCAGAGAGUGUGAUUUACAGUUAUGGAACUGUUCUUCUGGACCUUCUGUGUGGAAAGCAUAUCCCUCCCAGCCAUGCACUGGAUUUGAUAAGGGAAAAGAAUUUGUUGUUGUUAAUGGACUCAUAUUUAGAAGGACAAUAUGCCAAUGAAGAUGCCUCUGAGUUGGUUGAACUGGCUUCAAAAUGUCUUCAGUAUGAAGCUAGAGAUCGACCUGAUUUCAAGUUUCUCAUGUCUGCUGUGGCACUCUUUCAGAAGCAAAAAGAGGUUGCAUCAGAUGUUCUGAUGGGUCUCUUUAAAACUCCAGUGGUGCUGCCAACUAAGCUUUCUCCAUUUGGUGAGGUAUGUGCAAGGAUGGAUCUAACUGCAGUACAUGAUAUCUUGCUAGUAACUGGUUAUAAAGAAGAAGAAGAGCGUUCAGCAAAUGAGCUUUCAUUCCAAGACUGGACGCAACAAGUUCAGGAAAUGUUGGAAUUGAGGAAACCCGGAGAUAUUGCUUUUAGAGACAAGGAUUUUCAGAAUGCCAUUGAUUAUUACUCAAAGGCAAUGAUGUGGAAGCUUUCUGGUACUGUGCUUGUGAGACGGGCCCUUUCAUAUUUGAUGAUCGGUCAACCAGAUCUGGCGUUGAGGGAUAGCCUGAAAGCAAAGUUGUGCUUGCCCGAGUGGCCUACUGCACUCUACAUGCAAUCUCUUGCCCUCUCAAUGCUUGGAAUGGAAACCAAUGCAAAGGACUCUCUGAACGAGGGUGCCUUUAUUGAGGCAAAUAGGUAGAACGGGCUGGCGCAUUGAGAUAAUUAUUUACCGUUAGACAGAAACAAUCUCUUUGGAUGGAUAAUAUCGUGGAUGUGUAGAUCAUUUGCCUUUUUCUACUAUGGUACUGCUGAGAUCUUGGAAGGAAGUAGUGAGAGUAGAAGCAAAUAUUUUUGUUUGUCUCACUUUAUGUGCCCUUUUAUGUUUGUAGGGAGAACAGUUUUCAUACAAAGAAAUUUAUAAAGAAAAUUAAAUUAU